UCUGAUUUAAAGGAAAAAAAAAAAAAAUUGGAUGAUGGACCCUGUGAUUCACAUAGGACACAAAAUCUUAUACAUAGACUACCCAAAUGGUGUUCUUCCUACAUUGAUUUAAGAAAAAAAGGGGGACCAUGGCGCAUUGAUAAUCAUUUGAUAGGUUUUUAAAAUGCCUCACAUUAUUCUUCAAAGUUUUCUCUAUUUUUUCACUUUACAUUUAUAUCUACUUCCUAUUGUAUGUAUUGAGAUGAAAUAACUUUGUUUAUGUAACUAGUAAUGCUAUAUUAUCCCUUUCACUUAAAAAAACAAAACCCAAGAGAAGAUAUAGUAAAAGGGGGAGGACUAUCCAGGGUAAGGAGAGAUAUAGAUAUAGUACUGGGCACAACACUAGAAUGAACAGCCUUUACCCUAUUAAUAAUAAUUUUGUGAUACAAAGGUUUUUCAAAUUUUGUUUUGGGGUAAGCUUAAAAUUAUUAUUAUUUUUUUAAUAUGGAAAAAAAUAUGAAAUAAAGGGGUACCUUCGGUAUUUAAAAAAAUAUGUUUGCUUUAUUGAGGAAAUAAAAAGAAACAAGUAUUCUAAAAAAAAAUAAAAAAUUGUGGAGAUAUCACCUCUUGCCCUUUCAUUGGUGCGGUUUCCACCAUGGCAUCACGGAAGCCACUGCCCUUUCUGUUAUGAUGGCCUAACGAUUGAUAAGUAGAUUGACAGCAAUACCCUUCUAUAAAAAAGCAUCGAAGUUCGAAGGAUGUUAAAACACUUGGUGGUGGUACUCUCCCCACUCUCCACCUGCAUGGGCUGGUGGCAGAGAAGCUAUGGCUUUCCUCUGUUUCAAUUCCUUACCUCUACCACCUUCUCAGCCUCGCAAGAUAGCAGAAGCUCCUUUUAAUGGAGGCCUGAAGCCCAUCGUCGUCAAUGGUGAUCCUCCCACUUUUGUCUCGGCUCCUGGUCGCCGAAUUGUAGCCGUUGGGGACUUGCAUGGAGAUCUUGUGCAGGCAAGAUGUGCACUUGAGACAGCUGGUGUUUUGAGCUCUGAUGGUCUAGACUUAUGGACUGGUGGAGAGACGGUAUUGAUUCAACUUGGAGAUAUUUUUGAUCGGGGUGAAGAUGAAAUAGCUAUUUUAUCCUUACUGCGAUCAUUAAAUAUUCAGGCAAAGAAAAAAGGUGGAGCAGUCUUUCAGGUAAAUGGAAACCAUGAGACCAUGAAUGUAGAAGGGGAUUUCAGAUAUGUUGAAGCUGGGGCAUUUGAUGAGUGUAUAGACUUCCUGGAGUACCUGGACGAAGAUGAAGAUAGCUGGGAUGAAGCUUUUGUCAAUUGGAUUGCAGUGUCAGAAAGAUGGAAAGGAGAAUCUAGUAAUUCCUCAAAAUAUUGGGGUCCAUGGAAUCUGGUGAAGAGGCAAAAAGGGGUGAUUGCAAGGUCGAUCCUCCUAAGACCAGGGGGCUUAUUGGCAUGUGAGUUGGCACGGCAUUCUGUUGUGCUCAAAGUUGAUGAUUGGGUUUUCUGUCAUGGCGGCCUUCUUCCUCGUCAUGUUGAGUAUGGGAUAGAGAGGAUGAACAAGGAGGUGUCUGAUUGGAUGAGAGGUCUAAAUGAGCAGAAGAGUAGUUCUCAAAUCCCUUUCAUAGCCACCCGAGGUUAUGAUAGUGUCGUUUGGAACCGCUUGUAUUCAAGAGAUGCUGCAGACAUGGAGGUCUACCCAAGUCCCCAGAUUUCCUCCAUUCUCGAGGAGACAUUACAAGCAAUGGGCGCUAAGGCGAUGGUUGUGGGGCACACCCCUCAGACCACAGGAAUAAAUUGUAAAUACAAUUGUAGCAUAUGGCGGAUUGAUGUGGGCAUGUCCAGCGGGGUCCUCAAUUCAAGACCUGAAGUUCUAGAAAUAAUAGACAAUAAAGCAAGAAUAUUGAGAAGCGGAAGUGACAUAUUUGGUGAACUUGAGGUUGUUGAUUACACGUGAAGGAGAACAUAGCAGGUAUAAAGGGAAAACUAUGUUGGUCUUUAAUUCAGAGCCUCAUGAUAGAGCAUAUCAAGUGGUGGGUUGCAUAUUGAUCACCUAAAGUAAAUGUGGGAUAUAGGUAUCUGGAGAUUAAGCAGGAAAAACAAAUUUCAUUUUGCCGAUUUCAAUCAGACACAGUAGUGAAGCAACAGGAGUUGGUUGUCUAUGGGAUGUAGGCCUUUGAACUGGUGAUGUUCCAUGAUAUAGGAGGAAAUUGGUCAAAUCACAAGCGGGAAAUUGCUUCAGUUUAAUAUUCUUUCAUGGACUUUGUACAUUGAAUCAAGUAGCAGAUGAUGAAUAUGUAUAGAACAAGUGAAAAUGUUCUUUUUUUAUUUUUAUUUUGGUAGCUGGUGCAAAAAUUAGUGUUAUUGCUGAACCAUAACAGAAUAAAUGAUGCACAAUCUCUAGAUUACGAUGCCA